CCUAUAAUAGAAAACAUUAUAAUGAGUAAAAUGAUGCAAUUUAUUUGGCUUUGGCUUUUCAUUUUAAAUUAUAUUCAAGCUUUACCCGAAAUUGCUGUGAAAAGACGUUGUUCACCAUUAGGAGGUUAUUGUGACCGAUCAAUUGUCCAUCCAUGUUGUAAAAACUCAGUUUGUGAACUUCAUGGAUUUGCAAACGGAACAUGUGUUAAAUGUUUAGAUGUGGAUUGGGCUUGUUUAAGUAAUUCAGAAUGUUGCAGUGGAAUUUGUCGUCUUGUAAAAUGUCAACCAAAGAAGAAAAUUAAAAUUAGUGUUUAUUGAAAUUCAUAAGAAAUGU